AGCUCGGGGAGCAUCCGAUACAAGUGGCCCCAUCGCCGCAAGCGUGCCAACGUCCAAAAGAAUGUUCAAGUUGAACAAGCACUCGAUGCCGACUCCUUACCCGGUUUGCUGCGUGUUCCCGCCGAUGAUGUCUGUGCGGUGUGUGCAGACGAUCUGGAGUUUGUGUAUGCUCUGGAGAAGUGCGGGCACCGGGCCUGCCUUGACUGCUGGCGCACAUUUGCCUCCACCCAAGUCUCUUCCUUUGCUAUGGCUCACAUUACCUGCCUUUCCUGUGAUCGUCGACUUUCUCGGGCCCUCACCCUGCAGUUAUUGAAACCUCCCCGCGUUCCCAACCCUCAAGCAAGUAAUCCCGCUGCCUCGGUUGAACAGCAGGUGUCGUCUGACAGGUUAUACCAGCGCUACGAAGACUUCCUGCUCCACCAAUGUCUUUUACGUGACAAACACACUCGGUGGUGUCCGCGUGGUUGCGGGUACGCAGUGCUGGCGCACGGUUUCAGAGCCUGUCCACGUCUGGAAUGCCAACACCCGAAUUGCAACGGAGGCGCGUUUUGCUACAAAUGCCGUGGACCUUGGAGCGCAGACGGUGCGGAGCACGUGUGUCCCAAGCGGACGGGUGGUGGGGCCGGCAGUGGUGACCCGCUCACCGACAACCACCGCUCCCUGCUCUCGCGCCUCCACCAACUCCUUCGACUCCCCACCGCCGCCGCCACCUCCACGGCGCCGGAGGAGGCGGGCGACCCCGGUAGCGUGGACGGUCUCAUCCGCCAGAUCUCCGAGCGCCGCUUCUCCACGCCCACCGUGCCUGUCCACACCGCCAAGUCCGUCGACGACGCGGACGGUGACGACGACGACGACGGCGACGACACCCGGGAGAGUAGGGGUGAAGACGACGCCGCCGCUGCUCAACCGGGUGAUGUGGACAUAUCCAAGAUCGACCUAGAUCUCCCCGAUAGGGUAAAUGUGAGCAAGUACUCCGAUUUCCGUGCACCAAAGAGCGUCGUGUUUCACGUUUCCAGUUGUCCCCCGGAACGCAUUCGAGCGUGCCGAGGCUGCCUUUUACCCGAGAAACCGCCCGGCCAAGAAAAAAAAACUUUAAAGCCGCACGCUUUCAUUCAAUCCACCCGUCAACUCCUCCGACUUGCAGCACAGCCUCUAAUGUACUGGGCUGCGUCACGCCAGGUCAAACCGUGUCCCCGGUGUAAAACCUAUCUCCUCAAACUCGACGAUGGCUCCUGCAAUCACAUGAGCUGCUUCAUCUGCGGUUGUGAGUUCUGCUGGCUCUGUCUACGCGAAGUCCGCGAUACCCAUUACUUGAGUCCCACUGGUUGUACUUUCUGGGGUCGCCAACGCUGGCCAUUCAAGCGACGGAUCUGCGCGAUGCUCCUGGCCGCCUUUGGCACGCCAUUCAUCCUCGCCAUCGUAACUUUUCUCGCGUUGCCUGGAAUCACCGUUGGCUUUCCCGCCUACCUUGUCUACAAGGUUCGUCUUUUUACCGGCACCUCGCAACCCCCACAAAUAAUUGAUCUCAGUGCCAAUUUAAACAAACUGCCAGUUCACGCGCUGUCUUUUUGGUUGUUGCAGGUGGGAGGACAGCUAACAGGCAGCAAGUGCAAACGCGGCCUCGUAAAAACCAUGGCUUUCCUCGGUGGGCUUCUGAUCUCCCCCAUAAUCGCGGUCAAACCCAUCUCCAAUGUUGUGCUUUGUUUUGCAGCUGUCGUCGCUCUGUUCGGCAUCCCAUUGGUCCUCAUUUACGUCUACAUAUUCAUGCCCAUAACCCUCUUUUCGGAGCUGAAGGUGCGCCUGAACUCGGAGACCGCGGACACGGCAAUUGACCCCGACGUGGGCUUCAAGAUAAACUGGGAGCGUGUGGGCGAAGCCGCCAGCCAGCGCGACGACGCUCCCACCGCCGACUCCCUGCCGCCUUCCACGACGGUGGAUUUCGCUUACGAGGUCAGCGAGGACGCCGACUCGAGCGACGAGGCGUGA